AUGGGUACAGAUGACGCGGCAACUUGCCGCACCGUCCUCUGCACCUUGCUACUACUCACGUUGAGCUGCGACUGCCUGGCAGCAGACUUGGAUCUGGCUAAGACGGCAGUGCUAGAGGUUAAUACGUCAUGGGUAGCCGCCAGAAAGAUCCCUCAGACCCUCUUUGGGUUGUUCUUUGAGGAAAUCAACCACGCUGGAGCUGGAGGAAUUUGGGCGGAGCUUGUCAGUAACAGAGGUUUUGAAGCUGGAGGGCCUAAAACUCCUUCAAAGAUAGAUCCAUGGGCCAUCAUUGGGGAUGAAUCUUCCAUAUACGUGCAGACUGAAAGAGCAUCUUGUUUCAGUAAAAAUUUCAUUGCUCUAAGGAUGGAGGUUCAUUGCGACGAGUGUCCAGCUGGCAGUGUUGGAAUUUAUAACCCAGGAUUCUGGGGCAUGAAUAUAGAAGAAGGGAAGACCUAUAAUCUAGUCAUGUAUAUCAGAUCAAUGGAACCUGUGGAGUUGACUGCUUCACUCACAUGUUUCGAUGGAUUACAAACUAUCGCAUCAGCUGAUAUAGUAGAUAAUAAUGUGUCAGAUUGGCGAAAGGUAGAACUCCAAUUAUUUGCUCGAGGAACGUGCAGAACUUCAAGAUUUGAGUUAACAACUUCCAAGAGGGGGGUCAUAUGGAUAGAUCAAGUGUCACUUAUGCCUUCAGAUACAUAUAAGGGCCAUGGCUUUCGCAAGGAACUCAUACACAUGCUUAUGGAUUUAAGACCACAGUUCCUACGAUUUCCUGGUGGUUGCUUUGUUGAAGGCGAGUGGUUAAGAAAUUCUUUCAGAUGGAGGGAAACUAUUGGUCCAUGGGAAGAGAGGCCUGGGCACUAUGGAGACGUUUGGAAGUACUGGACAGAUGAUGGGCUUGGGUAUUACGAGUUUCUCCAGCUUGCCGAAGACCUUGGUGCUGAGCCAAUCUGGGUUUUCAAUGCUGGGAUCAGCCACAAUGAUGAAGUUGAUACCACUGCACUUGCACCUUUUGUAAAGGAUGCUUUGAACGGCAUUGAGUUUGCUAGAGGAAAUUCAGAAUCAACCUGGGGUUCCAUUAGAGCUGCAAUGGGGCACUCUGAACGAUUCCCACUGAAGUAUGUUGCAAUUGGGAAUGAAGAUUGUAAUAAAAGGAAUUAUCAAGCAAAUUAUCUCAUGUUUUACAAUGCAAUUCGAGAGGCCUAUCCAGAUAUUCAAAUUAUUUCAAACUGUGAUGGCUCAUCUAAGCCACUUCACCAUCCUGCUGAUUUAUAUGAUUUCCAUGUCUAUAGCAAUGCCACAGAUAUUUUUCUCAUGAAAGAUUACUUUACCAGGACAUCGCGCACGGGUCCAAAGGUAUUUGUUAGUGAGUAUGCUGUUGAUUAUCCAAGGGAUGCUGGCAAUGGAAGCCUUCUUGCUUCAUUGGCAGAGGCUGCGUUCCUUAUUGGGUUAGAGAAGAAUAGUGAUAUCGUCCACAUGGCGAGCUAUGCUCCAAUCUUCGUAAAUGACAACGACCGCAGAUGGAUUCCAGAUGCGAUAGUCUUCAACUCCUGGCAACAGUAUGGAACUCCUAGUUACUGGAUGCAGACAUUUUUCCGUGAAUCAAGUGGUUCUGUGAUCCAUCCUGUGAGAAUCGCUUCCAGCUACUCUAGUUCAUUGGCAGCAUCCGCAAUCACCUGGAAAGACAAUGAGGAUAUGUUCCUGAGGAUAAAGAUUGUAAACUUUGGUUCGCAUGCUGUAAACCUAACAAUAUCUGCAACUGGACUUCAAGCUGGUGUCGAUACGGCAAGAUCAACUGUGACUGUUCUCACAUCCAGUGAUUUGCUUGAUGAAAACUCAUUCAGUGACCCAAAUAAGGUUGUGCCAGUUCGCAGCGGUCUAGCCGGCGCUGCAGAAAAGAUGCAGGCCUUGCUAGCUCCAUACUCGCUCACAUCCUUUGACCUGGCCCUGGAUCAGGAUCCAUAA